AUGGCGACGUGCGAAAAGGUAGAUGUUGACCGCGACCAAGGCGUUUCGCAAGCUCACGAUGGCGAGUUGUACGAUUCUGCAGGCGAGACCCUGGGUCCGGACGAGGACAAGAGGUUGCUGCGCAUUCUGGACACGCGGCUCCUCCCGAUCAUGGCCGUCACAUACAUGUUCCAGUUCCUCGACAAGAUGACGCUGAAUGCCGUGUCCAUCCUGGGCAUCAGAGAAGACCUGCGCCUCUCGGGCUCCCAGUACUCGUGGUCCAGCGCAAUCUAUUACACGGGACUUCUUGCUGCCUCGUACCCUGUGGGAGUGUUUAUGGUUCGAUGGAAGGUAGCCAAGGUCCUCGCUGUUUCCACCCUGACCUGGGGCGCCGUCCUCAUGCUAACGGCAACGUGCUUCAACGCAGACAGCCUGCUGGCGGACCGGUUCUUCCUGGGCGCAGCGGAAGCCGCGCUCGGCCCCAGCCUCGUCGUCAUCGUCUCGAUGUGGUAUAAGCGGUCGGAGCAGCCUCUCCGCCACGCGGCCUGGUUCCUGGGCAACACCUGCGCCGGGAUAUUCGGCAGCUUGGUCGCCUACGCCAUCGGCCACAUACAAUCCAUCCGGCCGUGGAAGGCCGUCUUCCUCUUCUUCGGCGGCUUCACCAUCGCCUGGUCCGCCGUCGUCUGGCUCCUGCUGCCCGACACGCCCAUGAAGGCCAGGUUCCUCAGCCAGCAAGAUCGCCGCAAGGCCCUCCUGCGGGUCAAGGAGAACAUGACGGGCAUCAAGAACGACGAGAUCAAGUGGCGCCAGGUCCGGGAGGCCGCGUCGGAAGUCAAGACGUGGCUGAUGGUAGCCCUGCAGCUGGCCAUCAGCAUCCCCAACGGCGCCGCCACCACCUUCCUCAACAUUGUCGUCAAGGGGUUCGGCUUCAGCACCUUCCAGACCCUGCUGCUCUGCUCGGUGCCGUACCUGCUGCAGCUGGGGCUGAUCGCCGUGGGCGUGACGGGGAGCCACUACUGGCGCAACUCGCGAACGUACUUUAUGGCCUUUGACUUUGCGCUGGCCAUGACGGGGGCCGGCAUGGUGCGCUACGUGCCGGCGGAGCAGCGUUGGACGCGCUUCCUCGGGACCGUCCUGGUGGGCUCGUACGCUGCGGCGGUGCCGCUGCUGCUGUCGCUGAUGUCGGGCAACUACGGCGGCUUUACCAAAAAGGUUACUGUCACUGCGAUGGGCUCCAUAUCCUUCUGCGUCGGGAGCAUCAUCGGGCCGCAGCUCUUCUUCGCGUGGGAGACGCCCACGUACCACUCGGGGUUCCUGGGCCUGAUGGGCUGUCUCGCCGUUGGGUUCAUGGCGAGCUGGGCCAUGCGGGCGCGCCUGAUGUGGGAGAACCGGCGCCGGGCUGAGCGGGUGAGCGUCAACGAGGUGGCUGCCUUCAAGGCCCGGCACGGGAGCAUGGUGAAUCUGAUGGACCUGACGGACAAGGAGAUUCCGCAGUUUGAGUACGUGUAUUAG